CUUUGUGUUACCAGUAACUUGUUGCUUCCCACCUUUGUUUACUAUCGAUAUUUUGAUCCACUCUCAGUCCAAGGGUCAUAGUUUUAUUUUACCCUGUCAGUGAGCUAGCCCCAUAACUGUUGAGUACCAUGGCUUUGAACAUCCCUGGUCUGGUUGUGGUGGUGCUGUUCUACCUCCUGGUUUUGGGGACGGGGAUUUGGGCUUCCAAGAAGUCUAAGAGGGUUGAGAGGGCGAACCAGGGAAACAGGUCAGAAGUGAUGCUUCUUGGAGGCAGGAGUAUCAACUUGAUGGUGGGAGUUUUCACCAUGACUGCUACGUGGGUUGGAGGUGGUUUCAUCCUCGGUGUGGCUGAAGCAGUGUACUCUCCGAAAAUGGGCUUAAUAUGGGCACUUAUGCCUGUGCAGUACUCCGUGUCCUUUGUAAUUGGUGGACUUUUCUUUGCCAAGCCGAUGAGGGACAAGAAGUAUGUCACCAUGAUGGACCCAUUCCAGAUUAAGUAUGGAAAAAUUCUGAGUGGUGCAUUAGCACUGCCCGCCCUGCUGUCGGAUGUGCUCUGGGUCACCUGCACUCUAGUUGGCUUAGGAUCAACCAUGAGUGUGAUACUGGAAAUACCCUACUUCUAUGCUAUUUGGAUCUCUUCAGCAGUGGCCAUUCUCUACACAUUGUUAGGAGGCCUUUAUUCUGUGGCCUACACUGAUGUCAUCCAGCUCUCUCUAGCAUUCAUCGGUCUGUGGAUAUGUAUCCCCUUCCUUCUACUCAACCCCGCAUCCGCAAACAUCGCCCACACAGCUUUUAACCACAUGUAUCAAGACCCCUGGAUAGGCACUUUGGAGCUGGACCAAGCUUGGAGGUGGACUGAUGACUUCUUAAUGCUGGGUCUGGGUAGUGUGGGAUUCCAGUGCUUCCACCAGAGGAUACUGUCUGCCUCCUCCUCAGCAAAGGCCCAGUUCACCUGCUUUGCUGCUGCCCUUGUCAUUGCCAUCCUUGGAAUCCCUUCUGUCUUGGUUGGGGCUGUGGCAGCCUCCACAGACUGGAACAGGACCAUGUACGGUUCUCCAUCUCCAUAUGAACGUGGUGAUGUGUUUUUGAUUCUUCCCCUGACCUUACAAAACCUCACCCCAUCUUAUGUCUCUGUUAUUGGGGUUGGAGCCAUGGCUGCUGCUGUUAUGUCAUCCACAGACUCUGUCCUGCUGUCAGCAACCUCUGUUUUCUCAACCAACAUCUACAAGAACAUCUUGCGUAAACAGGCAUCAGACCGUGAGAUGGAGUGGGUGAUUCGGGUCUCAGUGGUGGUGGUGGGCCUGGUCGGCACGGCUCUAACAUUCCAGACCAAAAGUGUCCUGAUGCUCUGGAUCCUUGGAGCAGAUGUUGCCUACACCCUUAUAUUCCCACACCUGGCUUCCAUCCUCUUCUUUAAGGUGUCAAAUGGUUACGGGGCCUCUGUGGGUUUCAUUGUUGGUGUGACAGUAAGAAUUUUGUUGGGAGAGGAGUCUGUAGGUCUUCCUGCUAUCUUCCCACUUCCCGGCUGCACGGUGGAAGAUGGAGUCUGCAGCCAGCGGCUUCCUGUCAGGACAAUCUCCAUGCUCACCACCUUUAUGACCAUCUUGUUUUUCUCUGCCCUGGCCUCGUUCAUGUUCAGUCAUGACCUGUUACCCGAGAGGUGGGACGUGUUCAAGGUAAAAUGUGAUGUUUCUACAUCACCAGUGGAUCCAGUCACACAGAGCCUCAAAGAGGAUGCUGGAUGCAACUCAGUCUCUGAUGAAAAUGAACAUGGAUUUGCUUUACAACCAGUGCUGUAGAUAUAUUACAGAUUCUACGUUUUUGGGAAGCUGUUGGUUUUUAGAAUAAUCUUAUCAAAUUAAGUGAUCAAGAUACUUGAAUUAAUUCAGUGUUUAUUGUUUAUUAUCAUUGCAAUGGAUAUUUUUGACAAGGAGCCACUACAGUAAAGUCUGCUUCUAUACUUGCAAAUGGAGUCCCUUGAUUUUUUGGGGGAAAUUUUGCUUUAUCUUAUCUAAUAAUCUGCAGAUUGUUGCUUUGGUUGACAAACCUGCUCCCUACUGAACACUUGUUUGCCUUAAAAAAAAAAAAAAAAGAUCCAUUGAUUCUUUCUCAACGUUUAAUCUUAUGAAUUGUUUCUGUUUAGAGCAACUGAAAGGUAAUAUUGCCUUAAUUUCAACACAUGGAUGGUAUCCAGUCUAUUCUUUAGUAAAUCUUGAUCUAAGCUGAAAGGUUCAUGUUUCAUUAAAUGUUUAAUGUUUAAAGGUUAAUGUUUCACAGGCAACAAACAAAGGGGUGAAACUGAGUUUAAUCAUCAGCUAGUGCAAUGAGUGAUUGCUCACUGAAUUGUUGAUGAAGAUUUUGAAACUUACUCUACCCAAUUCUACUCUUAAUUUGGGUUGGGCAUGGUUUGGAUUUUAUCAAUUCUUUAUUAAUUCCAAUUCUGUUUUUCAAUUCCGUUUUUUAACGAUUC